AUGGCGCGGAGCGGCGGGGCUGUUAUUUAGGGUCUGUCGGUGAGGCGGCGGUGCCGUGAGGCGGCGGCAGCGCCAGCAGGAAUUCUGUGCAGAAUGUUUUCUGGGUGGAACUGGGUGGCCCACAGCUUAUAUCUAUUCUUGAGCAUCUGUUCUCUUAAAGUUUCAGGUGGACUUGUACAGUCAUGUGGUCACAUCAUCCCAGAGUCUCCUGUAUUGGCCCUUGGUUCCAAUUUCACAGCAUUAUGCAUUUUGAAUGAGAGUUGUCUGGACUUUGGCAAUAUCUAUGCUAGUCAGAUUAUUUGGAAAAUUAAAAAUAGAGUGGUACCUAAAGAACAGUAUCGUGAAAUAAAUAGAACAGUUUCCAGUGUCACUUUUAAUGAUACUUCUUCACUAGCUACUCCUCUGACAUGCAACAUUUUAGCAGAUGGACAGAUUGAGCAGAACAUUUAUGGAAUUACAGUUACAGUAGGCUUGCCCCCAGAGAAGCCCAAGAACUUAAGUUGCAUUGUACAUCAGCUGUCAAAAAUCACAUAUCCUAUGACUUGUACCUGGAAUCCCGGGAGGCAUACAUUCCUGGACACUCACUUUAGAUUGAAAUACAGAUGGCUACAAGAGACAUUUCCUGACUGUAUACCAAAAGAUGUAAACAAUUCUUGCACAAUUCGUGAUGUUCAGUUCUUUGUUAAUACGAAGGUCUGGGUAGAAGCAGCAAAUGCUCUCGGGAAGGCUGAAUCUGAUCCUCUUAUUCUUGAUCCCAUUGAGAUUGUUAAACUUCUGCCUCCACACAAUUUAUCCGUCAACUCAGGAAUACUGCCUACUGUUCUGAAGCUUUCUUGGGAGAAUCAGAUUUCAGACACUGCGAUGAAGUUGAAAUUCAAUAUUCGCUAUAAGAUCAUGGGUGACACAAACUGGAUGCAGGUUCCUCCUGAAGAUACAGCUUCAACAAGAACUUCAUUCAGUGUUCAAGGCCUCAGACCCUACACACAGUAUGUCUUUUCAAUUCGUUGCAUGAAGGAAGAUGGAGUGGGCUACUGGAGUGACUGGAGUGAAGAGAAAACUGGGAUCACCACUGAAGAUAAACCAUCUAAAGGACCACCCAUAUGGAGGAUCAUUGAUGUAUCUCGCUCACCACCUUCCUGGACUGUACAUCUGAUGUGGAAGGCAUUGAAGCCAUUUGAAGCCAAUGGAGUAAUCUUGCAAUAUGAAGUGACUGUCAGAGCUAAGUCAUCUCUCUCCCGUCCACCAGAGAAAUACAGUGUUAAUACCACUGACCUUACAUUAAAGAUACCAAAUGGAACUUACGAAGUGACCGUGGUUGCCCGUAACAGAGCCGGGGCAUCCCCUCCAUCAGUUUUACUUAUCCCAGCCAGUAAUUCAAAAGCUCCUGUGAAGAAUGUUAGAACACUGCCUAAAGAUGGCAAAUUGUGGGUAGGGUGGACUCCUCCUGACAGUUAUGUUCUAAAAUACGUGAUUGAAUGGUGUCUGGUGUCCAACAGCUCAGACUGCAUCAUAGAAUGGCAAACUGAACCAGGAAAUGUUCAAGGAACAUACUUAAAAGGUGAUAUAAAGCCUUUCAAGUGUUACUUGAUAACUGUGUACCCUCUAUAUGCUGAUGGUCAGGGAAGUGGACAGUCUGUGAAAGCUUAUCUUCAGCAGGAUCGUCCUUCGAAAGGACCAACCGUUCAGACAAAAAAAGUAGGAAAAGCUGAAGCUGUUUUGACAUGGAACCAUCUCACAGUGGAUGAACAAAAUGGAUUUAUCAGGAGUUAUACCAUAUUUUACAAAACUAUAGAUGGAAAUGAAACAGCUGUGACAGUGGAUCCUUCCAAGACAGAGUAUACCCUUUCUUCUCUAGCCAGUGACACACUGUAUACCGUGCGGAUGAUGGCAUACACAGAUGAAGGAGGCAGGAGUGGUCCUGAUUUUACAUUUACUACACAAAAAUUUGGGAGAGGAGAGAUUGAAGCCAUAGUUGUACCUGUGUGUCUAGCUUUCCUGUUGAUUGUGCUCCUUGGAGUUCUGUUUUGCUUCAACAAACGGGACUUAAUUAAAAAGCAUAUCUGGCCUAUUGUCCCUGAUCCAUCCAAGAGUAACAUUGCUCAGUGGUCUCCUCAAGUUCCAGCUAAGCAUAACUUUAGUUCCAAAGAUCAGAUGUAUCCAGAAGGUAGUUUCACAGAUGUAAGCGUCGUAGAAAUAGAAGCUGAUGACAAGAAGUCUUUUUCCGAACAAGAUCUAAAACCCUUUGACUUACUUAAAAAGGAAAAAAGUACUUCAGAAGGGCACAGCAGUGGUAUUGGAGGGUCCUCAUGCAUGUCUUCUCCUAGGCAAAGUGUCUCUGACAGUGACGAAGGUGAAACUACACAAAACACUUCAAGCACUGUACAGUAUUCAACUGUAGUACUUAACGGCUACAGAGACCAAACACCUGUGCAAGUCUUUUCAAGAUCUGAGUCGACUCAGCCACUGCUAGAUUCAGAAGAGAGACUGGAGGAUCACACUGGAGGAGGUGACAGUACAACACAGAGGCAGCAGUAUUUCAAACAAAAUGGUGUUCAGGAUGAAAUCAACACAGACAGGCCAUGCUUUGAAAGAAUGAAGCCAAUAACUUCUGCUAAUGAGGGGGAUAUUGUUGGAUUUGCACAACUGCAGAUCUCAGGUCAGAGUUCACAGCUAUUGGGCCUUGGGCUGGAAAAAAAUACCCAGGAAGCUGCUGUAUCAGAUGCUUUACAGGCAAGUACUGAAGGACAAAAUGUGGUACCUGAAAUAGUGGAAGGAAAUCCACCAUCAGUUGAUGAAAUGCCAAAAAGUUACCUCCCACAGACUGUGAGACAAGGGGGCUAUAUGCCACAGUGAGAGAAGAGACUGGCUCUGUUUUAGGCCUUCAUUAGUGCCUGUUCACACUUUCUCCUGUGUUUCUGAUAAAUUAAGCUAGGUAUUUUUAUCUGAAUGAAGAUAGAAAUAUUGAAAUUAAGUGAAGAGUAAUAUGACAAAGUACAAUAAGGACUGUUUUUGUGGAAGAUUUGCAGUCCAGACCUACUGGAGACUUAACUUUUAUGCACUACAUAAAAUCUUCUGUCUGGAUAGCUGAAUAAGCCUUUGUGCUACCUUGGGGAUUUUGCAUCUUAUCAGAUUUACACAUGAUUGAAAAUGGCAAGUUUCAAUUAAUCAUAUCAGCCAAUAGACCUUCUAGAAGAAAUACUUCGAUUUGUGACCAUGUACAAGCAUAAAAAGCCAGCUUUAGUUGCUUGGAGCAUCUUUGUGCGAAAGUAUCACUGAAGCUUAGUAUUCUAAUGUCAAAGAAUACUUGUUGUAUGCUUUCAGUACCUUGAUUGACUUUCUGAAUUUUUACUUGACCCAGUGUCUGUUUCCCAUUUACCAGACAUGCAAAUCGUGUCCAUCCCCACUUAAAAAUUAGAACAAUUAAAUAGAACUUGCUGUGGUGUGCAAAUAGGAAAACACCAUGAUUGCUUGACUCUGAAUGCUACUAUAGCAGUUGAUAUUCUGCCUACAUUUAGAUAUGCAUGCAGAUGAACUGUAUACUAAUUUGGCCUAAAAAUGUGCCUUGCAACUUGACGCACAGUUAUUCAGUCUUGUAUUCAAAAGUUUAAAAAUACAGAUGAAAACACUAAUUAACAGUUACUUGGAGGUAUCAUAUUUUACCAUACCCCUCUUGUCAUAUAAAUUCCCUCUAUUAAAUGCACCUUUGUUGAUUACAGCUUGUGAAGCAAGUAACAGGCUGUAAGUUUUUACCAUUUUCUUAAUUGCUCUCUAGUAGCAAUCAUGAGCCACAACACUUACGUGGUUGUUAAAAUUCUUUAUUCUUAUUCUCACUUAUACCCAGUUUCAUACAGUUUGCAUUUUUUUGAAGAAGAUGCAUUUCUUGGAGACUCUCUCUACUAGGGUUUAAGGAAAAAUGAGAUUACAUUAAAAUAAACCCCUUCUCCAAUGGUAACUAGGAAUUUUAUGGCACUCUUGCUUUUUUUUUUUUUUUUUAGUCUAGUCAGCUUUCUAAUCUGACACUAAUAAAACCUUAAUUUGAAACACUAAAUGCUGUGUUGUGAGAAUAAAACAAGGAUUUUGGUUCUCCUUCACAAAAGAACUAUGUAUUUAAGACCACCUUUUGUUCUGUGACCUCUUGUGCUGCUGUUCUGCAAAGCACUUGCUAAAGGCCCUGGAAAGGCAGGUGUCAGUAUCAUUUCAACUUGCCUUGUCCUCAGCUGCCAGCGUGUGUGGAAGGACAGGUGUACAUAUAAAGUUCACAUAUGACUUCUGCUUUUGUAAUGAAAAUUCAGUGCUAAAUUCCUGAGAUUACCUCUUAAGGUCUGGACUAUUUAAGACAGAUAAAGAAUGCAGAAUUUGUAAUAACAUUUCAAUUAUUCCACAUUUCCUGUCUCCCAGCGGUAUUUUUUUACCUGGGCACUUUUUUAAACUAAAAGGCUAUGUUGCAGCUUACUGUAACUACACCUUUCUUCAAACCAGUCCCCUUCCUUUUCUCUCUGCUCCACCUCAGCACCUUCAAACUCUGUCCCGGAGAGCAAGGGCAUAAUAAGAACAGUGCUGUCACAAGACAGCAGAGACCAUCUGUGAGGGUUUUUCAGAGACUGAAGGAGCAUUUGUUUGUCAGAACACAUUCCUCUUUGAAUAUAGUAGCAGUUACUUUACUGGGGGACGGGUUGUCUUCUCUAUGCAAAGUUCAUAGUGACUAUAGAAACCACAAGUAAAAGGGGAAGUCUCUGUUGAGCAGUGUGUGUGCCUAUUAGAACUGCCCUGCAGCCAUAUGCAUCUAAUCCACCUCCUCAUUGCUGAGAUGCUGUGGGUCACAACCUGGCUGCUUAGUCUGAACAUUGCUUCAAAGGUAUAGAUGUCUUCAAAAACACACUGGUGGCUUUUUUCUUUUCUUUUUUUUUUUAAUUGCGAUCCAGUGAUACCAACUUUUGAUAUCAUAUGUUAUAUUUGAGGGGUAACUUCAGUUAUUCCUGAAAUUGCUGUUUUGCAUUGUAUAAAGGGAAGGCAUUUUGUUCUCAGUUGCUGUUACAUGCGCCAUUUCCAACAUGAAACAAACUAGUGUCAAGAGAUUUUCAUUUUUAAAGGUCUGUGCUAAAAAGAGUUCUGGCCUGUCACUUCUGCCAUCCUUCUUUGUUAUUUAUGGGCCAGUGGUGAUAAACUCACAGAAUUACAUAGGAGUGUAUCCUAGAAAGAAUUCUGUCUGUCAGAGUUAUAUCUUUAAGGCUUGUGCAUUUAUCUAGGGAUAAAAUGCUAAACACUAAGCAGGAGAUGCUGGUGGGUGAAUAGCUUGUUGAAGCCACAGUACAGGUUUACACAAAUAACAGGUUUACGGCUUGUUUGUAAACUUAUGUGCCAAAUAUUGUAUCAUGCAGUGUUCGGGGUUUAAUUUGAUUUUUGUACUUUGGAUUGUAACAAUCUAAUUGUGUCAAAUAGUUGCAUACAGAUUUUUAGAGAAUCUGUAAUGUAAUGAUAGCAAUCCACUUGAAUUCUCUGAACUUGGCUCUAAAAUAGUGACUAAAGAAAAAGAUUUCUCCCCUCCCAGUAACUAGGGUGCACUUUACAAAAUAAAGGCAUUAUUAAAAUGAAAUCACACUUCAGUAUUGCCAUUUCCAUGUCCAUCUUGAUUUCCUGGACUGGAAUUUUUCAGGUGGGGGUGAGAGAAGACCUUUUUACUUUGGUGGCAGGGAAAGCAGGCUAGUAGAAAUAGAGAGUAUUUUUUCCUGUAUUAGCAUGCCUGAAACAUCUUUUAACUGCAGGCUGGCUAACUGCUCCUCAGCUUAUAAGACAAGUUAAUUUAUGUAUCUCAAUAGUUCUGUUGUGGUGUUUCUCUUAGAACAGGAGAUUGUUCCUGGGGUGUGUUGGCUCACUUUCAGGGCAGUUAACCUGGGAAUAUCCCCUUCCAAUGUAGUAAAAGUCUUGGGACUGUUUCGUAUGCCUGACCAUAGCAAACUAAACUGCCUGCUAAGCCUUAACCUGGCAGUGCAAAGCACAGCAGAGCAAAAAUUCUUCAGAACUUUGUUAAAGAAAAAAAAAAUCAAGUUUAUUUAUUUCUUUAAAGCUUUAUUCUAGAUGGUUUGUAACAAGCAUGUGCUGAUUUGUGCUACAGCAGCCUAACAAAACACUUAUCACCAGGACUGGGAAAAACCUUUGGCCCUGGGAAGAGGAGGCAGUUUGUGUGUGAGGGCUGAGUCCUGUUCCUGGCCACUGAAGAAGCCUGUGGUGAGGUUUACAGAUUCAGCUUUGAUUGUAAAUGAUGAGCAGCCUUGGAUGGUUAAAGCUUAAGUGACUGUGCCCAACAUGUGGGAAUAUCUGUACUGAUUUAACUUAAGUAAUUGAACUUGUUUAGUUAGUGCCAGGUCUUGAACAUCCAAGACCCACAUAAAUAUAUGCUGCUAUGGUAUAGACUUCCUAGUGGGAUCUGAAACUCCAAAGACUGACAAAGUGUUAAUAUUUAGCCGUGUAUGAGGACAUGCACAUUUUAAAUUGUAAUUUAUGUGCAUUAAGUGGGACUAAAUAUAUUAGCUUAUUUUCCCAGAGACAUUUAUUUGUUAUUUGGAUACAUUCCUUUAACUAUGUUAAGAAGUUCUCCUGACUGAUGGAUUGUAAAUCUUCAUUAAUCCCUUGUAACUUCUGUUUGCUGGGAUGGGUACAUGUAGCCAUUUUAAAUUCCAAGAGUUGCUUUUAAUGUUAUUUGGAAGCAGGUUAUAACAAAAAUGUCAAGUCUUUUUUCACACAGCUAUGUGGGAAUUACAGCCAAUCGGACAGUCUUCAACUUGGCUAUUGACCCAGAAAACUGCAGUUAAGUGGAAGUGCAAAAGUCUGGAGGAGGGUAAAAUUUAGUAUCUUGCAUUGAACUCACGAAUUUCCAUUUCUUUUCCUUAGAAUUGAAAGGUUCUGCUAAGAAAAAAAAAAAAAAGAAAAAAUACCUAAAAUGCAUUUGUGUGUUUGCUUUCACUUGUUGUUUCCUUUGUAAUACUUGUGCAAUCUGAGCCAUUCCUAAAAAUGAAAGCAGUGCUGACUUAAUGCACAAGGGUGCAUUUGUAAAACAUAAAAUUGACUGAGGGCCAGAUGUCAACAGUCACCCACUUCCCCCCACUCUUAAUUUUAGUGCAGAGAGAGGGUGGGCAGUGAGUGCCUCCCAGAAUGCAUCCUUAGUCAGUACUUGCGUCUGUUUGCAAAGCCAACUUUGAAGGGGAUAUUCGCAGCAGAGUCAGCAAUACUCUGCAGAAGCACACUUCUGUAACAAUAGAUGAAAAACACCUAUGGCACAAGUGUCGACAGAUGGCUGGAAAGCUCCACAUCCUCCUGCUCAGACUGAAGCGUCUUCUGUACCCCGCACCGGCUACUCUUCUCCGGCGGCUGCAGCAAGGUAGACGGGCAUUCUCUGCAGUGUUGAAACUGGUAACAUCUAUUGCUUUUCUUCACAUCAAAGCACAUUCACUAUGGAUCCAGUCAACUUGCCAUGUUUUUUUAACACGCCGGUCUUGUUUACAGUGUCACAUUCAGACGGGCACUUUGAUGCAGCAAGAGAUUGUCUAGGACCCAGCUGCUUUUAUUUGGGCUUAAGGAGACUGUCAAGGCUACUGGUAGUGAAUAUUGCUGUGCCGAUACAUGCAUCUAGGCGAGUGGAGGCAUGGAACAGAGACAGACAGACCUGACAAGGAAAGUGCCUUGAUGCUGGAUUGGAUGGCUAGUGAAUGUAAACAUUAAGUCAGAUGUUACUUUGUACUUAAAGUAAGUAUGGCUGAUUAAGCUACUGGUAAUUUGAAUGCCAGCUUUUUAAAGGGCUUGCAUACUCCAGCCAGAGGUUAAAUUCGUAAACUGCUGCGUAAGCUGUCUCUGCAUGGAAAUGUGUUUUUAAUACCAGUACACUAUGUUAAUUCUUUUGCAAGCUGCAUGCUUAUUGUCAUAUAAAGUCUGCUUUCUACAAUUUACAUUA